AUGUUUGGAAAUGGGAUUGGCAGUGAUAUCAAUCCACCUGAUCCAAAUAAAUACUUCACCCUUCGUCAAGUAGAAUUAGCUAUCCCAAACCAGAAUGCUUGGCGGCUUAUGUACGACUUUCAAAUUAUUCUUGAUAUGGCGAAGGAAAUCCCUCAUGAUACCAUGAGGUCAGCACAGGCACUCAAUGCUGCUAAUAAAAUAGUUAAUACCUUUCAACCGGGUGAUAAUAAUACUAUCCAAGAGGCGCUUAAGAUUUCCAAUGAAUUUUUGAAACACAAAAAUGGAAGUAACCAAUAUACCUUGACCGCUGUUGGACAUUGUCAUAUUGAUACUGCUUGGUUAUGGCCUUAUGAUGAGACAAAGCGAAAAGUUGCCCGAAGUUGGUCUACACAAGUGGGAUUAAUGGACCUUUAUCCAGAAUAUAAAUUUGUUUGUUCUCAAGCACAACAAUUUGAAUGGUUAAAGGAGUAUUACCCAAAGCUUUUUAAAAAAGUACAGGAUAAAUCUGCUACUGGUCAAUUCUUGCCCAUUGGUGGUACAUGGGUAGAAAUGGAUUGCAAUAUUCCUAGUGGUGAAGCAUUUUGUAGGCAGUUUUUAUAUGGACAACGUUUCUUUGAAAAGAAUUUUGGACAUAAAUGCAAAGUAUUUUGGCUUCCCGACACUUUCGGAUAUUCUGCACAAUUGCCACAAAUUAUCAAAGCUGCAGACAUAAAAUACUUUUUUACUCAAAAAUUGUCGUGGAAUAAUAUUAAUAAGUUUCCCAACACUAGUUUUUAUUGGGUUGGGCUAGAUGGUAGUAAGGUUCUGACUCAUAUGUGCCCUUCUGAAACAUAUGUGGCUCAAUGCAAACCCGAUGAACUUAUUAGGAGUGUUAGAAACAAUAGGGAUAAAGAACUUAACAACAAUGAAGGUUUGUUAGUCUUUGGUAACGGUGAUGGUGGUGGUGGCCCGCUUGCUUCCAUGAUCGAACGACUACGUCGAUUAAAAGACAUUGAUGGUCUCGCCAAAGUGAAUAUGGGGUCUGCAGAUGAGUUUUAUGAACGCUUAGAAGAGGGCUCCGCAGAGCUUGUUUCUUGGAAAGGCGAAUUGUACUUUGAACUUCAUAGGGGUACCUAUACGUCUCAUGGAAAAAUAAAGAAAUACAAUCGUAAAUCUGAGUUACUCUUACGAGAUGUUGAAAUGCUACACAGUUUUUCUCUUAUUGAGAAACAAAACCGUUCUUCUAUUGGAAUGGUAUACGAUGAUGCUAAUAAGGUAAAGAGAAAAACUGUCAUAAAAAGUUAUUUAUCUAUACCACUAAUAAAUUUAAUGUUACUUAUUACAACUCAACUUCAGUUUUAUCAAGAAGUUGAAAAUACAGGGGCAAAACUUUUGGAUGAGGCUCUUGAUACGCUUUUUAAAAUAUCAGCCACUGCUUCUAGUCCAAACAAAGGGUUUAUCGCCUUUAAUACGCUUGGUUGGAAUAGAACUGAAGUUGUUGAAGUUCCUGUGUGUAGUG